AUGGCUAUACAACAGAUGACAUUGAAUUUUACUGGCGUGGGGGUGAUAAUGCAGUCACAGGAGUUACAAAGAUCGAACUGCCACAGUUCUCCAUUGUAGACUACAAGCUUAUCACCAAGAAUGUUGUUUUCUCUACAGGUGCCUACCCAAGGCUGUCUCUCAGCUUUAAACUUAAGAGAAACAUUGGUUACUUCAUUCUGCAGACCUACAUGCCUUCUAUUCUGAUCACUAUCCUGUCCUGGGUUUCCUUCUGGAUUAAUUAUGACGCUUCAGCUGCAAGAGUUGCUUUAGGAAUCACAACUGUGCUCACAAUGACAACAAUCAACACCCAUCUUCGAGAGACUCUUCCCAAAAUUCCAUAUGUGAAAGCCAUUGACAUGUAUCUCAUGGGAUGUUUUGUCUUCGUUUUCAUGGCUCUGCUGGAGUAUGCAUUGGUCAACUACAUCUUCUUUGGCAGGGGACCUCAACGCCAAAAGAAAGCAGCAGAGAAAGCUGCCAGUGCCAACAAUGAGAAGUUACGAAUGGAUGUCAAUAAGGACAGAAGAAUAAUUGGCACAUAUCAUUGUCCAGAAAUGUAUUCAACAAAGAUGGAUCCACAUGAAAAUAUUUUGUUGAGCACACUUGAAAUUAAAAAUGAGAUGGCUGCCUCCGAGGCUGUGAUGGGGCUUGGGGACCCUAGAAGCACUAUGCUGGCCUAUGACACUUCAAGCAUCCAGUACCGGAAAGCUGGCUUACCCAGACACAGCUUUGGUCGCAACGCCCUGGAGCGACAUGUGGCACAGAAGAAAAGUAGGCUACGGAGACGUGCAUCUCAACUGAAAAUUACCAUUCCUGACUUGACUGAUGUAAAUGCCAUAGAUCGAUGGUCACGCAUAUUCUUCCCUGUUGUUUUUUCCUUCUUCAAUAUUGUCUAUUGGCUUUACUAUGUGAACUAA